AUGUCUUCUUCACAUUCAAAAUUUACUAGUAAUACAACAAAUGUAAGAUUCCAAAAUAAAUGUUAUGUUAGUCAAGAUGGUGUAGCUCAUUGUCAGAGUUAUUAUGAAAGCAACACAACAUAUCAAACACAAAACUACAAAAAAGAAAUACAACAACAAACAAAUAACCAACUAACAACUUCUUUAACUAAUCCAAUAUUAACCAAAAAUGUUCAAAAAAGGGAAAAUGAAGAAGCUUCAUUAAAUUAUAAAUCAACACAACAACAACCUUCUUUAUGUCCAAAUGUCGCUAAACUUUUUCGGGGAGAAUUUUUGCCUAGUGGGCCCCCAAAUAAUAAUUUUUAUAAAAAAAUUAUUCAAAAAAAGAUGGAAGAAGUUAAAGUGCCAGAACAUUAUAAAGAGCAAAUAAAAAUUUGUGUAGCCAAUCCUGGGCGUUUUAUGGCAAGUUGGACACUCUUAACUAAAUUGUUUGGGGAGCCUCAACUUUACGAUUAUAUAAGAAAAAAUGAAUGGAGUAAAGAAGAAUUGAAAGAAUUUGAAAUUAAUGAGGAAUUGGAUUAUUGAAAUUAACAAAAUUUGAAUUAAAAAAUUUUUUUAACUUUUUUCAUCUAAUAUUAACAUUUUCUUUUGUUUUUUUGUAUUUUUUCAUUAAAUGUUUUUUUUGUAUUUGAAUUUUUAUUUAGUUUAAGUUUGGAAUUAAGGCUUAAUCUUUUUUAAUGUUUUUUUGAAUUUUAACCUCUCCAAUUGCUCUCGUGAGGCAUUUUUUGUAAAAUAAUGAGGGACCAGAAACUACCCUACUUGAAGGAAAUAAAAUCAUUCCCUCAAAUAAAAAACAAUUACUAUAG